AUGUGCCUUCGCUUCUCCCUGUGUCUCCUGUGGCUAGCAUUGUCGCUGACCGCUGCAUUGGACAACAACACCGUCGUUCCUGCCAACGGACCGUGUGCUGGAGGAUUCACCGUGACCCUGCAUGCAAGUGACUUGGGAGAUGGGGAUUUCAGUCAAAAAGCCAGAGUAGGCGGCACAGCUUGUGACAAGACUACUUGGGUAUCGUUGACCACAAUCGGCUGCCAAAUAGCGAGUUAUGGCGGGACAGGGCAAGACAAGAGCAUUGUAAUCACCAUCUUGAAGUUCAACCUCGGAGUCGCUCAGACUCUUGAGCUUCCUCUACCUAGCAAGUUUUCUUUCGAUUCUCCACAAAUCGAUGCGUUUGCUCAGUACAACGGGCCAACCACUGGAGGGUUUGCAGUUUCCUUUCUCGGUUCCAACUUCGCUCGAGCAGACUGGACACCCAAGGCGUCCCUGGGCUCUACAGCAUGUGAAGCAACGAGGUGGAGAUCAGAGUCAACGAUUGUGUGCCAGAAUACUCCCUCAACGUCAGAGUCGCUGCCGAUCUCAUUGACAAUGUUUAUGAAGGAAACGGUAUCGUCCACCAAGUAUUCAUACGACAGACAGAAGAUUAUGAGAUUAAGCCCAUCGAACGCUGUUACGAUCGGAUCACAAGAAAUCUCCAUUGUUGGCGCAGGAUUCGGAGUGUAUGAUGUGACACCACGAGCAAGAUUACAAGCCAAGGAUACAAUCGACGGAAAAGCUUGUUUAUCAAGCACAUGGGUUUCCGAUUCCAUCGUCAAGUGCAAAGUUCCAGAGGGGUCAGAUGCCGGUGUAAGCAUCUCAGUGACCAUGGACCAGAAGAUCAGCACGAUCUUUAAUGUUUUCACUUACAACUCACCUGAAGUCACAGCUAUAGCACCCAUCAACAUGCCACUCACUGGAAGACAGAUCACGGCCUUUGGGAAAAAUUUCGGAUUUCGAAAUGUGCAGCGCUCGUUGAGGCUGGGAGAUACAGUCUGCAUGUCCUUUCUGUGGCUCUCAGAUUCAAGUGUCACUUGCAUGUCAAAUCCAGCAUAUGGCGACAAGGUCGACGUCAUCUUGACUGUUGCAAAGAAUCUUGCUGUUCUUCCUGCCAGCCUCACUUACGAUGCCCCUUACAUCGAAAACAUGAUGAGGAGCAACGGCCCAGCCUCCGGCCAGACGACGGUGACGUUUCGAGGAGAGAACUUCGGAGCUUACCAGCUGACGCCGCGUACGGACUGGGUGUCUCAGUCGGAGAUUCGUUGUCGUCUGGCCCCAGUGACAUACGAUGGGAUUUACUUUCGAGGAGAGUCGAACAAGUUUGACAUUCUGGUGGGCACGAAACUCAAAGAGGUUCCAAACGGUUUCACUUACGACCAAACAUGCAUCGGCCCAUGUGUUGGGUCCCUUGCAUGUCCCUCAAGCUCCAACGGGCAGGCGACUGGAUGUGACGGGUCAACGAGCGGAGACAUGCGUCACUCGUUCAACAGUGUCAGAGUGAAGUCGGACGGCUUUGCUGGCACAAGUGUCCUGCGAAUCCACGGGAACUUUACAGUGUCCGGGAGAGAGGUGAAAGUUGGGAACACAACUCACUAUACCAUCGUCCGGCCGACUGAGCAGAUCUACAAUAAUGAUGUGGAGAUCAAAUUCGGGGGGAUCUUUCCUUGUGAGAUCCUCCUCCCUGCCGUCGGCGACAGCUCUUCCGUCCAGCAGUACGUAGACUGUGUGAUGCCGCCGGGGGUUGGGUACGAUCAUCGGAUUCAAGUGAAGAUUCGCAACGCGACUUACAAGGCGUUGGUCGACGGCUGCACAGCCUCCAUGAAGCUCUUCGGACAAGGAACUUUCUUGGGUCAACCCUGGGGCAACUGCUACAUGCCGACGGUCUCAGAGACCUGCUGGCCCGCGAACGACAAGCUAACAUUGAAGCUUGCUAGCCCAACCAUCUCUAAGCUCACCCCGGGUCAUGCACCCAACGUGCAGAACGCUUCCGUCCUGAUCACCAUCGAGGGGAGCAACUUCGGAGGGGCGGCAAGGGAGAUGUACAGGACGAGCUGCGCAACGAGUACGGAAAGAGCCUGCCUGCUCUUGAACUACAACGGAGCGAUUCUCUUCAACAAGACUUGCCCCAGUGUCAACCUGCUCGCUCUCAACGCACUGACGGGAGCGCAAGUGAAGUCGGAGGUGGAAGGCCGAAAGUUAGCUCUUUGCUCCACCGAGCAGGCGAUCACGUUCAAGUGCGUGUACGCGUUCGCCGAAGCAUACACAACAUGCAUCAACCGUUGCAGCCUGGCGUCCAUGGGCUGCGGACGAAAUUGUCCUGACGACAAGCUCAUCUGCGAGGCUCUUCCCUUCGGAGGGAGUCAGACGAUGACGUUGGUGGUCGGCGGGAUGUCUUCCAACGGUUUCUCCUUCUCCUAUGAGAAGCCCCAAGUCUGGAGUGUAUUUCCUCCCGAGCUACUUGCUGGAAGCUCCAGCCUGCUCACCGUUGUCGGCUUGAACUUCGGAGUGGAUCUGAAUGCUAAUUACGCUGGCCGACAAGUUUCAGCCGAAGGGGUUUUGACCGUCCCGUAUGAUUCUCAACUUGUACCCUUGAACGCGUCGUCCAUCGACUGGUGGAAGUAUGCGCAAUUCCAGAUGUGCUUCAGCUUGAUCACCGACGCGACAAUAGCAGAGAUGAGCCAACUGCAAGCAGCUGGAACCGUAUCAGCAGACAUGUUGACGAGUUUCAGGAAGUGCGAUGGAGGAAUUGUACUGAGCAACAUCAUCGUCAAUGGAGUGCGUCUGCAACAGAUGAUUGUGCAAUCACCUUCAGUCUCGUUGCCGAGCGGAGAUGUGAGGGUUCCCGUCGACGCCAUCAUGCAGGCUGUUGGUCUCAGAUCUCAAGUCUCCACCAGCAACUCCACCAUCACCUUCCGCGCCGCCUGCCGCGACUUCUCGCCGGCCAUGGGAAAGGAUGUCAUCUUCUUCACGCAGGGAGCGGUAGGCACAUUCUUCCCCCCCAGGAACUACUUCGCUGCCGUCUCGUACCCGGACGGGACGAUCAAGUUGGCGACGGGAAGGACUCAGAGCAUCGCGGAGACGAAGAACAUCUACUCGUCUACCUUUGACGGGAUCAACGGCUGGUACGAGUUCGCGUGGCAAGAUGCUGCCCCUUGGUUCUCGGAGCGAUCGAACAUCUCUAUGACCAUCUUCAAAGACAUCCUGGUCGUUCUUGGAGGCUAUUCAAAUGCCAAGAACACUUUCUUCAACGACGUGUGGAUCUAUGCUGCAGACACUAACAUCCGCGACAUCUUCGUGACUGCAACGACUCCUCAACCGAAGCUGGCCAAAGGAGAGACUUUCAGCGGCUUCUGGAUCUCAGUCACCUCCUCUGCCCCCUGGUCAGCCCGCAGCAACGCGCAGGCAGUGGAAUUCCAGGACAAGCUGUGGCUCAUCGGGGGACAAGGGGCAGCAGGAUGGACGGCUGACUUGUGGAUGACGGUCGACCUCAAGAAGUGGAGCCUGGUGGACUCGAACACGGUUUGGAAAGGGAGGAACAACAUCUUUGCGCUGGUGUACAGGAGCAAGCUGUGGGUGGUGGGGAGCGUGCAGGCUCAGUUCUACAACACCUUCUCCUCCCCCGACGGAGUCAACUGGGAGAUUGUCCCCGACUCCUGUGCUCUUACCAUGGUCUUUCGCCUGCGGAAGACUAGGCAGGUUAUGACUCCUCGACAGGUCGAUGUGCAGGCUGCGGUCGCGUACAGGGACUAUAUGAUGCUCUUCACCCUCGGGUGUCACGACUACACCGCAGGGCAGCACGAGAAACCAACAGCCUGCAGCUCGACACAGGAGGGGCCGCAGCUAGAGAACCGGAUCUUUUACAGCACGGAUGGGGUCGUCUGGCGUCUGGCCUACCGGCCCUUCACCCUCAACAGCUUCCUGGUGCCGGAGUUCCAUCUCUACGAAUGGUACGGGUUCGCCGUCUUGGUCCAUCACGACACUCUGUAUAUCAUAGCAGGGCAGCAGCACCAGGCUUACCGCGACAGCAACUACAACCUCAUCUUGAGUUCGCAGAAGUUGAUCCAAUAUCGUGAGAUCUACAUGAACGAUAUCUGGUUGUCCAAGGGUCUGGUUCCUCUCCAGAAGAUAUGCGGGAGCAAAUCUGACUUGACGCCAGCGGCGAUUCUGAACCGACUGCAGUCACCGCAAUAUCAACCUUGCGCAAACCAACUUGACAUCUUUGCGAGUGUGGAGAAGUAG